AUGAAAAAUGCGACUGCACCGCCACCAAUCGUCGCCGCUGCAGCCGCCGGAUCGAGUCGUGGCCCUUCCAGCAAACGUCAGCAACAGCUGUACAGUCCCGGAAGUGGGCCACUUCGCAAGACGGAAUCCACUGCAAGCAACCGCUCCCUAAGCUCUGUUCAGUCGGGAGAACCACCUACGCGCAGGGCUGGAGGAUCUAUGGCCCCGGUAACGCCACCGGAGACCAACCGGAACCAUUCGCCGUCAGCCGAACCCCAUCAACCGCAAGCGCUCUGGUCGGAAAAUGCGCCCGACCAGCGUGCUGCACGUCCUGGCGGAAGUGGCAAUCGCCGGCCGGAGGAUGGCCGACUUUCGCCGGUAAAUAGUAAACCGGUCCAUCCAAAGCAGGAAUCCGAACCUCGCACGUUGUCAACUCACGCGAUCAACCACCACGGGCCACGAGAUGCCCGUUCGGAACGUAUGGUCCGCGAUACGCGCAGCGUUGAACCAAGAUUUAUGUCCAGCUCGAAGAAACCGCCGAUUCCGUCGUUGUCGCAUCUCGAGAACCUCCCUCCCCGGCUGCAAAAGAAAACACUUCAGGAUCUAGGAUUGCCACCCAACUAUGUGGAGCUAAUGCGCGCUGAGCAUCAGGUGAUGUCGCAUACGCUGCCCAAUCGAAGCACGGCACGGCAUGUUCGUGGUCGCGUUCGUUACGGUGGUAACGGUGGUGGCUCCGGAAUGGGAAGCGGUGGUUAUUAUUCGAACGCCACGUACGGUGGACGAUCCAUCGGGGGUCGUCAGGGAGGUGAAGAUUAUUCGCACCGUCCUCGAAGUCGUUCUUCGGAUGUUGGCACCGAGGAUGGAUACGGUCCACGCAGAAACUUGACCAGCUGGGAGCGCCGAGUUGAUACGGGACCAAGCAGCCGGAACUCUAGCUGUGAACGAAAGGACCGACCACGUGGACCUCCGGCAGGUUACAGCGGGGACACAGGCAAAACUGGAAGCCGAUACCGGCAAUAUUCUACCGAUAGCAACCGCGGGAUAGACGACAUGCCCGAUGACGAAUCUGUGAGCCGAAGGGAAUCUUAUGACUGGACGGAUGAGCAGGAUUUUGGAGGCGACGAUCAGACGAGUCCCCGUUGGCAAGGGGGUGUGGAUUUGGAACUGACUCAUCCUCCACCUUCCGGAAAGUCAAUGCAAUUCGCAGGAAACAAUCGCAAUCGGCAUAGAAACCGAAGGACCAAGUCGAAACGGCAUUCCAACUCCCGCUCGCGAAACGACUAUUACGAUGAGUUUAAGAUGCCGUACCAGCCGCAACGAGGUUCAAACCGGAGCCGGCGCAAUUCCCAAUCAUCUAACGUAAGCCGCGAGAACAGCUCGGAGCGUGCCUAUUCGCGCACCGGAGGUUCCCGCCGAGGCGGUGGCACCGGUGGUGGCCACUAUCGGGACACCAGCCAUGAUCGGUACUACGAUGGCAAUGUCGGAAGCCGCUUCCGGCGGCACUCGCGUGAUCGGUAUGGAAACCGUAGCCGGGACAGUAGCAUGGAUUGUGGUCGGGAUCCUGAUCGGUAUCGCGAGGGUGAUGCCGGUUCAAGUUGGCGUAGCGGUUCGGAGAGCAAUCACGCAGGGUCUGCGCGCACGGAAAAAACGGAUCAAGCGAUUGCUGAGAUGACGAAACAGUUUGAGAGUUCGAUUGGCAUUCAGAAAGGUCCGGGUGUGCUAGUGAUUCCACCACGUGGUGCUUCGACGAGCGCGGAUGUUGGCUCAGGUCCGACGAAGUUUCUGUACGAUCCGAAGAAUCCAUCGCAACCCAUCGCGGUCACGCAAUCGCAAUCGCGCUUAGGCGAUCAGCCGCACGGCCGGGAAAGCCUCGAUCGGGAUGAGCGAAAGCAGGAUGCUCGCAACCGGCGUCAGAAGGUAUCCGGUGGACCGGCCUGGUAUGAUCCGGAUGCGCGUCAAGCACGGUUUUUGCGCCAGCGUGAGCUCGUGUAUCAAGUAGCAGACGCAGACGCACAAUUGCAAGAGUUGCUCGAGGAUAGAAACCUGUUUGAUGAGUGGGAGCGAUACGUGCAGGUUCGGCAACAGCUACAGCAGCUGCUUGACACGUUCCUGGUGCAGGAAAUGCGCUUCGCACAGGACGUCAACCUGGAAUAUCACUUUUGGAAGCUGCUCUACUACAACAUCAUUGAGAUGUUGCGUAAAUUGCUGGCGGAGAGACCGGACGAGCAGAACAAGCAAUUCCUGCAGGAACACGCCCUCGAUGUGGUAGAAACGGGCACUGCGUACUUCGAACAUCUGCUAGCGCUGCUUGAAUGUGAGCAUCGCUUCAGCUUGGAGCAGUUUAUCGGUGCGAACGCGGCCACCAGUGUGAAAGGGCUGCGGUAUGCGCUCGCGCUUGUGUCCGCUCAAAAGAUCUUUCUCUUUCUGGGUGAUCUUGCGCGCUACCGGGAGCAAAUCACCGAAGGACACAAUUACCGCAAAGCCAAGCAGUGGUAUGUGAAAGCCCAGCAGAUUCUGCCGAAGAAUGGCCGACCUUACAACCAACUGGCGCUGUUGUCCGUUUAUGCGAAACGAAAAAUCGAUGCCGUCUACUUCUACAUGCGCAGUCUAAUGUCAUCGAAUCCGUUCGAAUCGGCGCGGGAAAGUUUGAUGGAUUUGUUUAACGAAACGAAGAAAAAGUUCGAAAGCAACCAGCGAAAACGCGAGGAAAAACUGCGCGCAAGGCGAAAGGAAAAAGAGCAACGCUUCGACGGUAACCUGCGGCGCGAAAUAUGGAUCCAUCCGGAGGGUGGGUCGCGAGUGCACCGUACUGGUCCGCUUCAUCCGUUCGUCAGCGGUUCCUCCGGUGACACGAGCGAUGAGGAAGAGCUUCGUGGGCUUUGCCCGAUCGAGUUGAAUAAGCGCUUUAUCAUCAGCUUCCUGCACGUCCUCGGGAAGCUGAUUACCAAGACGGGCAUGGAAUCUUUUGCCCAGUGUGCUCACCAGAUGCUGCGCGAGUUCCGGGCCUUGAUGCAGUGUGCACCGAUUGCCGUCUCCACCUACCGGUUGCUGCAGUUGAUGUCCCUUAACAUGUUUGCCAUCGAGAUGACGAAACUCAAAGGUAGGAAUAGGUCCGGGACUCCACGUUCCGAGCUUCAGGAAUGCGCCCUUGCGUCCGGUUUGUCCAUGUUCGGCAUCCUUCUCGAACGACUCAAGCGACUGGUGCAAGACGCAACCGGUAAACCCGGCAACACCUCCAAACUCAUCCUGUCCGAGGACGCCAAGGCGAUUCUGCCAGCGAUAAAGGUUUGGUGCGAUUGGAUGAUGUCGAAUACGGAGACCUGGAAUCCGCCACCCUUCUGUACGGACCUCAAAAUCGGGAAAUCUAACGCCCACGAUCCGUGCUCCGAGCUGGCCGUGUUAAUGAACAUGCUGAAGGGUUUGGACACGAACCGGAGCAUCCUGUCGGUGGAGCGGGAAGAAGAUUUCGAAGCGGUGCGCCUUCAGGAGGACAUCACACUGGCCGGUUUUACGCCGCUGAUGUACAACGAACCAGUACCGAUCUUUGUCCACCGUGAUCGCGAUAUGGAGGAGGCUCAGAACGUUCUGCGCAUCCAGAAGCUGUUGUACUUCGGUACGGAUUGGUUGUGCAAUUGUGAGCCACCGGUGUUGCGUCAAGAGCCUACGGGAACGUCGGAAGGAACGGCUCGGUUCGUGAGUGUCGUCCAGCGCCGCCUGGAAGGACUAACCGACAUGGACAUACUGCUGGAAAGCUUCAGCGAUGGCGAUACUGACUUACCGCUGGUGGAUGACGACGUGCUCGAGAGUGGCUCAGGACUGCACGAGCGGGAAACAACGCCGGCCCCGCUACCCACCGGUGGUGCAUCUUCCUCCACCGACAGUGGCAUCCUGUCCGGUAGCAGCAGCAACAGCCCCAGCAGCCUCGAAACCCGCAAGCUGCUUCGGCGUAAGGACGAACUCGAACGCAAGCAGCGCAUGCAGGAGAAGCACAAUCAACGCCUGCAGGACAUCCUGUCGCAGAGCACGAUCGCGGUCAGUAUCGAGGUGCACCCGCGGUUUCUGGUGCCAGACACGAACUGUUUCGUCGACUACCUGCCUGAAAUUGAGAUGAUCGCGAGGGCGCACCAGCUGUACCAGCUGAUGGUACCGAUCAUCGUGAUCAGUGAGCUCGAAGGACUCUCCAAAGGCGUGCGCCAUCAGUCCCCGAAACACCAAUCGACGCCAUCGUCUGCCGCCAACGAGAUCGCGGUUGCUGAAUGCUCCAAACGUGCGCUUCUGUUCAUCAAAUCGCGCAAUCCAGCCGUUAAGUGCGUCACGACGAAAGGAUCCAUACUGAAGACGUCCACGUUCACGGUGGAGGACGACAUCGGUGAGCUGAAGUCGAAUGACGAUCGCAUCCUUGAGACGGCGCUCAGCUUGUGCCGGCAGCACACGGAAGAAACGCGUGCCGGCACCCGGUACAUAAAGCUCGACGUGGUGUUGCUGACGACAGAUCGGAACCUGCGGGUGAAGGCCAUAUCGAACGACCUGCCAGUGCGUGAGGUACCGGACUUCAUCAAGUGGGCCGGUUUGAGCGAUUAA